CCAAACUAUACUCAAGUUUGGGUCCGUCUCCAAAUAGAGUCCUCGUCCCCCACGCAAACGCCCCACGCGCUAACCACCGCGGCGCCCCAAUCUCCGGCGACCUGCUCCCAUCCGCAGAUCCGCCCGUCUGAACUCCUCAUCCAUGGAUCGCCACACCAUCAACCACAGCGGCGAGGACCGCCACCGCAGCGACGGACAUCACCACCACCACAAGGCUCGGGAUUCCGUGGGGCGCCGCGAUUCGGCCGGCUGCGAGCCGCUGCCGCCGCCGCCGCUGUCACGGAAACGGAAGGACCACGACAGCGGCGAGCCCGGCCGUGAAGGGGGCAAGCGGCCUAGGGCCUUGGUGGAUCCGCCUCCGCGCAAGGAGGAAAGGCCACGGCGAGAGCGCAAGAAGCUAGAGUCAGGUGCUAAUGGAGAUCCACAGCGCGGCGCGGCGCCUAAUGGUGGUGCUCAGCCGCCGCUCAAUUCUGCACCUGCUGCUGCGGUGCCAUCUGCUUAUCCUGUUCCUUCAAAGUGCAGAUGGAACUGCAAAUUCAUCCGCUGGCAGAAGUGGCAGCUUAAGUCUUGAUGCUUUAGCGAAAGCUAAAAAGGCUUUGCAACUGAAGAAGGAAUUAUCAGGAAAACUCAAGAGAUUACCUGCGAUUCCUUCACAAGAGAUUGCUACUAAGAUGGGAUUUCGCCAGGAUCCACAGUUUUCACCUUCUAUCAACAUGCUCCCUGGUACAUGCAGUGGACUGAAUGUUCCUCAAAGACCUGCCAAGGCCCCUGUUCUCUGUCUUGAUGCUCAAGGUAGAGAAAUCGAUGAGCAUGGAAAUGUUAUCAGCAUGACCAAGCCAAGCAACCUGAGUACUCUGAAGGUCAACAUUAACAAGCAGAAGAAGGAUGCAUUCCAGAUUAUCAAACCAGGCUUGGAGUCGCUUGCAAAAUCUACCGUUCAUUUUGAUGAAAGGAUGGGCAUCAAUCCAACCAAGCUCCUUCGUCCUAAAAGGCCAGGAUUCCAGUUUAUUGAGGAAGGCAAACUUUCGAGGCAGGCUGAAUUGCAGAGGAUUAAGAAUCAAUUUGGUGAAGCACAAGCUAAAGAGCUUAAAGUAAAGCAAGCUCAUCUUGCCGAGGCAAAGGUCGAAGCUGACAUGAAUCCAAAGCUAAUUGAAAUUGCUCCUGGUGGAAGGCCUCCAAAGCAGAAGCAGAAGGAAGAGAUUCCUGAUAUUGAGCCAUGGGACUCAAAAAUCCUGAUAUCUGCCACGUACGAGGACAUCUCCUUGGAAAAGCUUAAUAUGGAUAAGAUCACCAUCUACGUGCAACAUCCAGAGCCAUUGGAACCACCGGCUAAGCCCAUGACACCACCGCCUCAGCCACUUAAGCUUACUAACAAUGAGCAGAAGAAGUAUAGAACACAGAGGCGCCUCGCUACGGAAAAAGAUAGGCAAGAAAUGAUUAGGCAAGGCCUCUUGGAGCCACCAGAUCCCAAGGUCAAGAUGAGCAACCUUAUGAAAGUACUUGGUGCACAAGCUACACAGGACCCGACACGCAUGGAGAUGGAAAUACGAGCGGCUGCUGCAGAGCGCGAGCAGGCUCACGUCGACCGCAACACUGCCCGCAAACUCACGCCAUCUGAGCGCCGCAAGAAGAAGGAGAGGAAGCUUUUUGGUGAUCCUAACGACACAUUAGACUGUACUGUUUGUGUGUACAGAAUCAGAGACCUGUCACACCGUCGCUUUAAAGUGGACGUCAAUGCCCGAGAUAACCGGCUGACUGGCGCUGCGGUGAUCACAGAUGGUGUAAGUGUUGUGGUUGUGGAAGGACGGAAGCAAUCGAUCAAGAGGUACAAUCAGCUCAUGAUGAACCGGAUUGACUGGGCUGCUGCUGCAGUUGGUGGCAAGGAUAACGCCGCUGAUGAACCAGACAGGCAGGUGAAUAGCUGCGCAUUAGUAUGGCGAGGUAGUGUGGUGAAGCCCGCCUUUCCCAGGUGGUUCGGUGUGCGUAAGUGCCUGAGUGAGGCUGCUGCCAAGAAACUGUUUGUAGAUGCUAAAGUUGCACACUACUGGGACCUGGCUGUCAACUUCUCGGAAGAUUCGUCUUGUUGAGCUCAAAUUGGUGUUCAAGACAAUGAGAGCGAUUGCUGUGGAUCACUCUACUUUGCUAUUCAUUCAAUCGUAUCAUCGUCAGACUGUUGAUCAACUGAACGCAUGAAAGAGCUGUUGGAUUUUCGCAAUAUGCUUUUAAAUAAAUCUGCUAAGCCUUCUCAAUCUGAGAGGAGAGGUUCAGGACCAUUGUCCACCCAACCCAUGGUCGGUGCCGUUUGAUCAUCUAGUACUGGUUCCCAUGUGGGUCUGUGCCUAGUUAGUAUUCAAUUUUCUUGGUUUAGCUUAAUCCUCCUCUUCGUUAGCUUGCUCGUAGGGCUGCACCAUCUGGCCCUCUCUGAAAAGGAUGAACUGGCACUCUUCCCUAUGUUACUAUAGAUUAUGAAGCACAGCCCAAAGAAUUUAAAAAACAUUCUGCUCAAACCUGUCAUAGUACUGUUUAUCACUCUGGUUAUUUCCCAUGAGUUCGGCUGGCUCAGUAUUUGUUUUGUGUACACUAGGUAAAUUAUUUGUACUGAGUAGAACAAAACAUGGGUAAAAAGAACCUUUCAUACAGUUAAUUCUGCUGGUAAGAUUUAAUCGUUUUUUCUGCAAAA